UUUAAGCUAGUUAGGAAUAUAAAGGAGAAGUACAGAAUCCUAGAUAGAGAUACCUACAACUUUAAUAAGACUAGGUUUAUAAUAGGCAUAAUUAGGUCUAAGAUAGUUGUUACAGGUGCAGAGAGACGUAAUCGACCUCAGCUUGUUCAGCUAGGUGAUUGCGAGUGGGUAACAGUCAUCCAGAGCGUCUGCGCUGCUGGAUCUUGUACCCUGCCUUUCAUCAUCUACAAAGGACGCGUUCACAUCUCUGCCUGGUACGAGGAGGCAGAUAUACCACGCAAUUGGAAGCUCUCCGUCUCCGAGAGCGGCUGGACGAACAACGCGCUCGGCCUUGAGUGGCUGAAGCACUUCGACGCGCAUACAAAGGCGAGCCAGGUGGGGGCGUACAGGCUGCUCAUUUUGGACGGCCAUGAGAGCCACCUCAACCAGGAUUUUAAGGACUACUGCCUUAAAAACAUAAUCCUUACCCUCUGCAUGCCACCUCACUUAUCGCACAUCCUCCAGCCGCUUAAUGUAGUCUGCUUCUUGCUGUUGAAGCGCAAGUACUCUUAG